ACUAGACCCAAAACUUCUGAGGUUCAAACUUACAUCAGUAAUCGUAGUAAUUCUUUUUGGCAGUAAAAUAGCUAUGAAUUGCACGACAGAAAGCAGAUUUGUGAGUAGUGUAAUAUUUCUUUGUAAUGGGUAUUUCAGAUUUUCUGAAGUCCAGAGAAGAGAAGGAAGCAAGAAGUAGCUUUGAAACACACGGUGGUGCUAAGCCUCUGAAAGGUACCACUAAGACCAUUUACAUGUGUCAUAGAUCUGAGGUAUUCAAAUCUCAAUCAAAAGGCCAGAGGCAGCUGAAGUCGCAAGGCAGUAACAAAAUGGGAGGUCAUUGCACUGCUGCCAUAGAGGUUAGCCAAGAUACAAAUGGUAUUUGUACUGUUGUUUAUUUCAAAACACAUUUUGGACAUGAAAAGAAUAUUGUGUUUCAACACCUCCCUAGAUCUGAAAGGGAAGUCAUUGCUGGUAAAAUAGCCAAAGGUGUGACCUUCCAGAUAAUUUUGGAUGAUGUCUACCUGUUCCGAGGAGGUAGAAAGACUCCACCUUUUAACUCGAAAGAUUCUCCAUAAUAUAAAGAGGGACUUUGGAAUUCAUACUCACCAGUUCCAUGCCAAUGAUAUAAGUGUGAGCAUCUUUUUAGAACGAAUAAAAGACGGCGCUCUAAUGAACAAAAAUGUCGUUGGUAAUGUGGACUAUUAAUCAGACAAAGAUGUGAUGAUUGUGUUAAUGACAGAUCUACAGAGUCAAAUGCUUCAAAAGUUUGGCUCAAAAAUUGUGUGUGUAGAUUCAACACAUUGUACAAAUGUGUACAAGUUACUAGUAACAACACUAUUAGAUAUGGAUAAUUUGGAAGCGGCAUUCCAGUUGCUUUCUGUGUUUUCAAUAAAGAGAACACUGCUGUAAUGACACAAUUUUUUUACAUUUGUCAAAGAGAAAGCAUGUCUAAUAAAACCAGCUGUUUUCAUAUCAGAUGAUACACAAAUUUGGAAGCGGCAUUCCGAAGAACCUGAUGUAGACAAGUUCGGUGAGCUGUUAGAAUUGUUUGAGAGGGAACUUCAAGAAGAUGAAAGCACGAAAGACUUUGGAAUAUAUUUCUCAAAUACUUAUGGAUUCAGGCCUCAACACUGCCAUCACCGCAGUUUAAAUAUCAACACUAAUAUUCACCUUGAAGUCGUGCAUAGAGUAUUGAAGUAUUGUUUUUUAUCUGGACGGAAAGACAAAUAGACUGGACAAGUUGCUGCUGAUAUUUAUGAAGUUAACUAGAUAUAAAUUUUUUGAGAGACUUGUGAAACUCUUUAAGGGUGGGCAUUCCCAUAGACUGCAGUAGAUUCGACGACGACAUACAGAGUAAAAAAGAAAAAAAUUGACAGACAGAUUAUGGCCAGUAAUGGAAAGCAUUUUCAGGUGAAAUCUGUCAAUAAGUGGUAUCACUUACACUGUUAUCCUACAAACCCUGGAAUUUGACCUGAAGUGCAAACUGUUGUGCUCUGCAUGUGAGAUAUGUGUGCACAGUUUUUCUUGCUGUUUCCCAGACAAUUUAAUCAACUUGAAUAUAUGUAAACAUAUUCACGCUGUCUCUGUGAUGUAUGGAUUACAUUCCAUUAAAACAGGCAAACAGAUGGAAACUACUUCGAUCAAAGAGGCUUCUGCUAUUUUUUUCCUUGAUGACAAAACAAAGUGAUAAUGAAGAAAUUGCUUCUCAUGGAACACAGUUAAAAGCCAAAUUGAAAGUUCUGUUAAGCCAAGUAGAUCAAUUGGAUACAGAAACAGUAGGUACUGUGGAAAAAGAAAUUGACAGUUUGCUACUACUCGUUAACUCUUGCUGCAGUAGGAUAGGUUUACAUUGUGCCAACAAUGAAAAGGUGAAAGUACAAUGAAUACCUAAUCAGCAUAACAUCUGUCCAAAGAGCACUUGCCAAACCAACCAUUGACGAGAAGUUGAACAUUGCUAGUGCACUGAAACAAUCUGAAUCUGAAGUGUUGACUGUACAUACUGGUUUCCAUCACACAUACCGUACUGUAAGAUCUAACUUGAUCUUCCCUUGAUUUGUGAGUGUUUCAUGGUUUUGUAGGCCUCGCCAUGUAAAAUGAGUAACGCAUCAAGCUUGGUACCUCUAUGAAACCCAAUAAAGAAAUUAAUUCUG